UAUAAUAGCUGGGCAAUUUCUCAGGUGGCCAACAUGUACUCUGCGAUUGCUGACCACCAAUGGUGCUGGGCUAAUGUCUUGAUUGGGUCUUAUUGCAGAUUCAAAAUAAUUAAUCAUAUGUUUUAGACAUUUGUCUUUCUGGAGAUGUAUCGCCUAUACCUUUUCCAUUGCGACCUGGCACCAGUGUUUCCCUGUUGACAUAGAAGGUGUUAGGGGUCCCCCCACCCCUUAUUUCUUGAGUUCAUCAGGUCUCUCGGACCCAACCCCAGCGUCGCCAAUCGGCGUCGUUCUUGGAAAGCCUGGGCCAAUCAGCGACUGCCUUUGAUAAAUAUUCAUGAUUCCCUGAUUCAAACCUUUGAGAGAGGUUGUGUAGAUCCGCAGCAUAAUACCUAGACUUUUCACAGAGAGAAACUACAUUUUCUUAUGAAUGGAAAGUGAAAAAAUCAGUUGAGCUUAAAUUGGGAUCCAUCCUUCACUGAGAUCGUAGAGGAAAACAAAAAAGCAAGAGACAAGCCACGCCAGAAGAGAUGACAAUGACUACAAUGCCAGAGAGUCUAAAUAGCCCCGUCUCAGGAAAGAACGUUUUCAUGGAAUUUGGGCCACCGAGUCAGCAAAUGUCGCCGUCGUCCAUGUCUCACGGACACUACUCCAUGCACUGUUUACAUUCUGCCGGCCACGGCCAGCACGACAGCUCGUACAGCCCGGCCUCAUCCUUCCCCAGAUCUUUGGGUUAUCCAUACGUCAACUCAGUCGGCAGCCAUUCCUCCAGUCCCUACAUCAGCGCGGUGCAGACCUACCCAAACAACGCUGCAUUAACACAAACGCGGCUAGAAGACGCAGCCGCAGAAACAGAGAAAAACACGGUGGUGGAAGGCGGGGAAGUACGAUUCAAUGGCAAAGGCAAGAAGAUCCGCAAGCCUCGGACAAUAUACUCCAGUUUACAACUACAAGCACUAAACAGAAGAUUUCAGCAAACGCAAUACUUGGCACUUCCAGAGAGAGCAGAGCUAGCUGCGUCUUUGGGGCUUACCCAAACACAGGUGAAGAUUUGGUUUCAGAACAAGCGAUCUAAAUUCAAGAAGAUAAUGAAGCAAGGCGGUGGAACAAUAGACGCUAAUGCAUUGGCCAAUGGCCGCGGACUCUCCACGGGCUCUCCGGUGGCGCCCGUGUGGAACUCGUCAGCAACUGUGAAACCGUCCGUGGGGACGCCGGGACCAUACAUCCCCAGUUACACAUCAUGGUACCCGACAUCACAUCAAGACUCUAUGCAGCAGCCGCAGCUGAUGUGACCCUGAUGUGGACAGCCCUUCUUCAUCGUUUUUUUAUUGGAUGGCUCUAAAGGCCUUGGGUUAGUCGCCGACGCUUUGUACGCUGGUCAACUGCAAGCAAAGCAACUGAUAGCAUCAGGAGCCAAGCCCAGAAAAUGCCGACAGAAGUUUUCGGCAUCCACAUUAGGAUCAACAGCCCAUAGAACUUGCCGCCAUGAGAGACUCGCUUGAGAGCAUCAUCUGCGCGUAAAAAGGGCACGAGGUCUUUGCCGGUUCGCUGUAGACAUACCGGAAAUUGCCGUGAAAGUGGGUCAUUCAAGCUGCUGCUGUUUCUGUGACAUUUCGAUUUAUGUAAAACUCAUUCAAUUAAAACUGUAAUAAGUCAGAAGUAUAUUUAUGUAGGGUUGAUUUAUAAUUAUUUUUGGAUGGUUGGCGUAUCGCUGUCUCGUGCUAAUGGCGCAGUGUGUGUAAUGGAAGGAUGAGGAUUCAAACAAGAGUAGUAUAAAAUCCUGAAGCUCUCUUCUGCACUGCUUUUACGCCUGAGGGGAGUUUGGAGGCAGGCUUCAAGCUACUGGAACAGAAAGUGUUGUGCAGUACUAAGUGACAACGUAAUCUGAACUAGCUUGAGGCGAAAUAAGGUAGCCUUUUUUCCUGAGUGCUGAUGGCUCCACUGAUAGGUCUUACAAUCUCCAGGCCUUGUGACCAGAGAAGCAAAACGCAUUGGGUCUAAAAAUAAUAAGUCGACAAUUCAUUUAGAUGUUCUAUUACGAGACGCUUUGAACCACUUUGAAAAGUCUUUAUCCGUGUGUUUGUUUUGUAUGUUUAUUUAAGCUAAUUUAUUUGAUUUCCUUUUUGUUGGCCUGUUUGUUUAUUUAAGAUGAAUGUUAUAAAUUAUGACCUGACAGCACGUGCUUGUAAGUUGAGACAAAAUGGACCUAUGGCUGACAUUGAAGGGAGACUCUAUGGAGAUUACAAGAAUACUUUUUUUCCAGAUAUUUUUGUUGAAGUCAAGAGACAGCCGUUAUGUACAAAAAAAGAGUCAUGACCAGCUUUGGUUUGUGCUGUAAUUAAUGCUUUGUGGAUUUUUAAAACAUGUUUCAAAUUGUGUCUAGCAGUCUAUAGGAAAAUAGUUUUAUAUGGAAUCAAUUAAUUUAUUGUUUUUGUUUCAUUGAAGUCUUGUAAAUAAUCUGUAAACUUACAGUAAAAAAAAAAAUGAUGUAAAAAAAAA